UGGAAAUGUGAGCAUCUACGAGGCUCUUGGGAAGUCACUGUCGCAUGAUUAGGUGACGGAAAACUUAUGCGUCCGAGAGGAAAGUCAGGAACCGACUGUAAACUAGCAGGUUUUGAGCCUUGUGCUGGCAAUGGGGGACAUGAAGACCCCAGACUUUGAUGAUUUGCUGGCAGCAUUUGAUAUUCCUGAUAUUGAUGCGAAAGAGGCCAUCCAGUCAAGUCCAGAGGAGGAACGGGAUGAGGUGGGGACUACAGCAGAUGGGCGAGAGAUUGCGUCUGCAUCAUGCUUCCCCUGCUCUCCUGUCUCACACAGUGACCGCCCUGUGGUCAGUGUCAUUGUGAAGAACACAGUACGGUCUGAGUCUUUUGAACAGGAGGAAGAGUCCGUCAGGGACAAACCAGCCAGUCCUUCAAGUGGUGAUUUAGCCUCUCAGGUUCAGGUGAAGUUGGGUGACCUCACCUCACAGCUCGGUCCCAAACUGCCUGCAGAUGCUGCCGUGGAUCCCCAGAUAGCUAAUGGUUUUGUAGGAUCUGUCCCCACAGAUCAGGGAGCAUGCAACACAGAGCCAUGGUCUCUUCAUUCACCAUUGAGGUCCACACUGAAUGAUAGUGAUGGUCACAGCAAUAAAGGAGUGGACGAUGAAUCGAUCCAUCAUACGACUGAUGUCAUGAACAGUUUGAAACCCCUUCUCUUUCCCCAGUCUCCGAACAGUGCCUGUCCUAAUGCCUCAACUAGUCCCUCUCCGCACUCCGUCAGCCCUCACCUUUCUCCACACUCUCAGAAAGAUGAAGCUUGUCUCCUUGAUAAUUCAUCACCUCCCACUUUACCACAAAAUGGUAUUGAGAAAGCUGGAAUUGCGCAUGCUAUGCACUCAGAUGACGAUGACUCAGAACCAGACUUAGGAAGUCCGCUGGUGAUCCAAGAAAGCCCAGAUCCUUUGAUGUCCUCUCCUCCCAAAUUUAAAUUACAGUCUGAGCUGCUUCGGUCUCCUGAAACCAAGUCUGGUGACAUUUCUCAUCCUCCUCAUCUCUCCUUUUCUCUGGCAUCUGCAAAUCCUAAACCCCUUCUUGAGGAUGAGGGGCAGCCUACCACCCUCAGUUCUCCCUCCGCAGCUCCUCAGCCACAGAGCCCUGAGGACUGCCUCCCUACCCUCAGCACCGGCUCUGCAUCAGUGCAAGAAGAGAAAUACCCAGAGCAUGUGAUUGAUGAGAGGGACUCCCCUGAGAGCCCACCACCCAGUGAGACAGGUCUCCUGGUCCCCAGCAGGAGCAGCAACUCUGAUUUCACCAAAACACCAGGUCUAGCACUGAACCACAAGGACUUUCAUGAUCAAGAGGAGCUCAUGGAAAAUCAACUUAGCAGAGAGGACAGGUCAGGUGACACUGAGGAGCUAGGUGAGAAGAUGGCUGGAGAUGUGGAAAAUUUAAAUGAGGAGAACAGUGGUGCUGGCACAUCAUCUGAGGAUACUGUGUCUGCUAGUACUACAGAGACAGUUUCAUCUCCAUUACGCCCCCUCAAAGUUAAAAUAAAAAUGUCCACAGGCAGCAUAACAAGAACCGUGGCUGGAGUGGCACCUAAAAGAAGUGCAAGAGCUACUUCUAGGGCUGUGGAUAGUUCAAAACCUUCACUAGAAAGUCACAACACAAAAUCUAAGAAGCAGUUAUCACAGCAGUCUCAGUUGUCUGCAGUAGCAAUGCUUCAGGAUGCUUGUGCAGCAACACCAGAAGUUGGCAGUGCAGUUAAACAGAAAACCGCCGUGGACACCAAACCUAAAGUUUCCCCCACAGCUGUCAACAUCACAAAAACUGCAGCCCUGCCCUCUGUCUCCAUCUCCUCCCCCAGAGUCAGCACAGGUGGGAUCAACCUACGCAACCUGGGCCAGAAAACUCUCAACAGUGGGAUACUUCCCCCACCUUCACCUUUGCUCCCUCAAAGUGGCAGCAGACCAGCAUCCAUAGUCAACAGCACUGGGGCAAUUAUAUCCAAGAGUCAGACUAACCUGGUAGAAGCUUUCAACAAAAUCCUCAACAACAAGAACCUGUUGCCCAGUUAUAAACCAGACAUGAGCUCGCCUCUUCCUGCAGAAUGGGGCAUUCUUCUGCCUUCGCAGGGUUACCGCUGCUUGGAGUGUGGCGAUGCCUUUGCACUGGAGCAGAGUUUGGCGCGACACUACGAUCGGCGCUCGCUGAGGAUCGAAGUAACUUGCAAUCACUGUGCCAAGCGCUUGGCCUUCUUCAACAAGUGUAGCCUGCUCUUACAUGCCAGAGAGCACAAGGAAAGAGGUCUGAUCAUGCAGUGUUCACACCUGGUCAUGAAACCUGUACCUGUGGAGCAGAUGAUUGGGCAGCAGGAACCCACAGCCAUUGGUGUGCUCUCUCCAUCUCUCCUGUCAUCCUCUUCCGCACCGUCAUUAUCCUCUUUGGGGCCAGUCUCCACAAACCCAGCAUCUCAGUUACAUCAAGCAGUACCUAACAAGAAAGCAGAAGAAGUGCAGUACAUGAGCAAUAAAUGUCCUGAGUGUCUGGCUCAGUUUAGCAGCAAGGAAGAGGUGGCUGAGCACUUUCAGGAAAUCAAACCAGCACACACUGUGCCAUGCACAGAGUGUUCUCCUCCCAUGCUCCUGCCCAACAGCUGUUGUGCAGCAGCUCAUCAACGCAUCCACCAAGGCUGCCCACCACACGUGUGCCCAGAGUGUGGGGGUACGACCAAGCAAUCGCUAUUUCAGACACAUCUGGACGAGACCUGUUUGCACUUUUCCCGCCGCAUCGGGUACAGAUGUUCCAGUUGCCUGGUGGUGUUUGGAGGGCUGAACUCAGUAAAGUCUCACAUCCAGCAGGCUCAUUGCGAUAUGUUCCACAAAUGCCCCAGCUGUCCCAUGGCUUUCAAAUCUGCCCCCAGCAUACAGAACCACAUCACUGCCCAACAUCCAACGCUCACUGAAGGACAGGCGAUGUUGAUCUAUAAAUGCGUCAUGUGUGACACCGUUUUUACCCACAAGUCCCUGCUGUGCGUCCACUUUGACACUCAUUUAAUCAAUCAGAAGGUGCAUGUGUUCAAAUGUCCCGAAUGCACCAAGCUGUUUUCUCAGAGGAAUUCCCUACUGGACCAUUUCAAGACCCACAAGACGUUAAAACAAGAGUUGCCUUCACCUCCAGCUUUUUCCUCUCGUUCACGGGCAUCAGUGAAGUUGGAGAGCUCAGAUGGGGAGGAAUGGACGGAUAAAGAUAAAGAAGAGAAUGUGAAGACAGAGAGGAUUAAGACCCCCUCAGGGUGGAAGUGUGCUCCUUGCCACGCACGCUACACAGAGCGGGAAGACUACAUUACCCAUAUGGCUGAACAGCACAGCAAGAUUCUGAAGAAGUUUCCUUGUAAUAAAUGUGAGAGCUCCUUCACCACAACUUCCAGUCUGCGACGUCACAUCAGAGACAAACACAAAGUCAUGAAUCGUGGCUUCCGCUGCCAGUUCUGUACUGAUGGUAAGAAAAUAUUCAGCAGCAGAGCAAUGUUGGAGAGGCAUGUUCAGCUGAGACACAGCCUGAACACUCUGAGCCAGGACACACAGAUGCGAGGCGGAGAUGAGGCCGACAGUUCCUCAGAACAGGACGGUAGUUUGGGGACUCGUCGGAGACGGAGAGGAGCUGUGAAGAUGGAGCACAACGAGGAGUCCAUAGAUGGAAUGACCUCUGUGAAGAAGUUGCGAUCCUCCUCCUUUGCACCUGCUCCAUACUCACUUCCUGACUCUGGGUUUCGCUGUGCGCCCUGCGGCUUUGCCACAGAGGACCAGACAUCAUUCCUGGAGCACAUCAGCCAGCACAGGCGAGGAGGAACAGAGGGCAGCGAUCUGCAGUGUCUACAGUGCGGUGCCUGCUUCACUUCCACCUCCUCCCUAUCGCGCCAUCGCUUCAUCACCCACAAAGUGAGAGAUGCAUUCAGUGACAACCAGCAAGCCCUCAGCAUGCACCCAGCACCUUCCCCUGGCAACAGCAGGAACCAUGAUGAUAAGAGUUCUCUGGAUUGUUUUGCACCAGCAUCACCCUCCUCCCAACCCUCCACAGCUCAGGGGAAGGAAGAGGACAGCCCCCUGACCUGUAAGGUGUGUGGUAAACAUUUUGAAAAGGCAACAGAUCUGAAUACACACUUCAGAACUCACGGUAUGGCUUUUAUCAACGCAAGGAACGCAGGAAAAACUGCCUAAGAUGGCAGAUGCGAGGGGAAGAUCAUUGUCAGGUAGGUGACAUAAUUUGCAAGUGCCUUUUUAAUCGUCGACUUCUCAUUAGCACACCUAUGCACUAUUGUAACCAAAGAUUGGUAGAACGAGAGAGUUUUUAUGUGAAUAGAUUGUACAACAAUCAAAUGUGACUCUCACUGGUGGAGACCAGCCUUAACCUUCUGACAUUCAGGAUCUAAUUAAUGCUGCAUUUCUGUGUUCAGUAAUGAUACUAAUGACAUCAGUGGACAGUCAGUCUAACUAGUUCACUGCUGUGACCACUUUCACAUGAUAAUGUGCCAGUAGAGACGUGUGAAUGUUGUAACCAGCUUCUGCUGUGAUCGUGAUGGAUGUUUCAGUGAAUGUUGAUAGAUAGUGGUGGAAUGUGUCUGUUUUUGAUUUCAGUACUUUCAUCCUACUGAGCAGAUUGUUGAAUCCUAACCCAAGCUUUUUUCUGUUUUUGUUUUUUAUUAGUAUCAUUUAUGUGGUUUAGAACAUGUUUGCCCAUUUACUAUCAAGUGUGUAUACUUUGAACUCACUGCCAUCCAUUUUCUAGAUCAUACAACAAUUUAAAUGGAGUUCCAACUUGAAAGACAGCCAUUGGCUGCCAGAUGUUUUGUGUGUUUAAGAGAUAUAUAAGACAGGUAUUUACAUUAUCUCUAUAUACUAACACAAAGAAGGAAUUUUCUACUAUAAAGACUGUAUAACUUUACAAGAUACCAACCUGAUUAGUCCCACUCAGACUUCUCAAACUUUUAUCAGCUUCAGCUGAACUUUGGAAUAUAUUUUUGCACAAAACAAGGAUUGCAGAUUUCAGCAAGUUGAAAGUCCCUGCACUUUUUAAUAUAUAUAUUGUACUGAAAUGAAUGUGGACCAAAUACUUUCUGGAACAUAGGAAUUGAAUUUAAAAACUUUAACUAUGAGUUGGAAAAUGGUCAGUAGUUUUUGGCCAGUAACUUUCAGAACCAUUAAAAUUAACAUUUAAUGAAAACCUUUUUAAAUGGAAUGUACUGUAUUCACAUCAGAUUAACUGAUUUAUUCCUUCUCUGUGAGCAAGAGAUGGAAGUAAAAUGAUGUAUUUUGGCUUGGUAUGCGGGCAUAUGUUUGUCUAAAGCUUGCUUUAUGAGAUUACUGUAAACAAAAGAUCAGUGCGUAUGUUAAAAUGUCUGUUCCUUAUGCUUUCCUAAGAACAUGAGAUCAUGUUGAACCUUGUAUUCGAUGAGUAUUUCUUCAGUCUUUGGCACUGCUUACAAAAAAAAAAAAAGAAAGAAAAAGAAAGAAUAUAAUCAGGUGUUCCAGCACUGCAGAGCACAGAUCAGG